AUGGAACCUUUUGUGGUUGAAGAAGCCAAAAUGAUGUCUGCAGCAUUUCUGAUCAUCGCUUCAGCCAUGAUCCUUGGCACUGGAACUGCGCUUGCCGCUAAACCUCCACCCUCACCUCCCAAUUCUACACUUUACGAAGUCCCAUCCAUGAAUCGCGGUCCCUGGAACGCACUCUAUUUGCACAAUUAUUGCACGUCGUAUGGAUACAGAGGUGGCCUAUGUUACGACCCCGUCUAUUGCUGGUACUAAACACUCUGGGUAUUGCUUAUUCGUGUAUGAGCCAGUUGAAGCGGAAUAAUAAAAUGUGG